UGAAUUGAUAGAUAGAUAGAUAGAGAGGGAAAUCAGAAAGAGAGAUAGAUAGAGAGGGAAAUCAGAAAGAGAUAGAUAGAGAGGGGUCAUGGGAGAGAGAGAUAGAUAGAUAUAGAGGGAAAUCAGAUAGAGAGAUAGAUAGAGAGGGAAAUCAGAAAGAGAGAUAGAUAGAGAGGGAAAUCAGAAAGAGAUAGAUAGAGAGGGGUAAUGGGAGAGAGAUAUAUAGAUAGAUAGGGAAAUCAGAAAGAGAGAUAGAUAGAGAGGGAAAUCAGAAAGAGAUAGAUAGAGAGGGGUCAUGGGAGAGAGAGAGAUAUAGAGGGAAAUCAGAAAGAGAGAUAGAUAGAUAGAGAGGGAAAUCAGAAAGAGAGAGAUAGAUAGGGAAAUCAGAAAGAGAGAGAGAUAGAUAGAGAGGGAAAUCAGAAAGAGAGAUAGAUAGAGAGGGAAAUCAGAAAGAGAGAUAGAUAGAGAAGGAAAUCAAAAAGAGAGAGAGAUAGAUAGAGAGGGAAAUCAGAAAGAGAGAUAGAUAGAGGGAAAUCAGAAAGAGAGAUAGAUAGAUAGGGAAAUCAGAAAGAGAGAUAGAUAGAGAGGGAAAUCAGAAAGAGAGAGGGCAUAGGCAUAAAAAAGCUGGUGUGGCGAUAGACAGGGAGAGUGAGCAAGAGGGCGUGACAGAUGGAGAGAGAUGUGGAGAUGCAUUGGCACUGACCAUAUUCCUCCCUACCUCCCCCCUCCUUCCUCCCUCCUCCCUUCCCCGUUCCCUGUAUUAAUAAGCAGCGUUGCUGGGAGCUGAUGCAAGGCGGGGAAACAGUCAUUCAGGGAGCAGUAUAAAUAUUCCCACAUGAGGCUUAACAUGAUAAAGACUUAAUAACCCAGUAAGCUGCUGUAAACACCCACACAUACACACACACUCUUUAGCAUGCACACACACAUACACGACACACACGCCACAAAUAUACUUGCACACACAUACAGGGAGGGGGAGGAGUUAACUGCAGGUGUGCAGGAGUUAAGCCAAUCAGAGCUGUGCCUAAGAGAGGGUUCAUUACACUGCAGAACAUGUUGAAAGAGAACAAGGGAUGAGAGAGAAGACAAAGAAAAAGUGAAGAAAAGAUUAAGGGAGAAAAAAAUAUUCCAACCAAACUGACAUUGGGUUAGAAUUUGGAGCCGAGGUGCCACGUGAUGAUGGUGGAAUCGGCCUCUGAGACCACUCGAACUACGCCCUCCAAUCAGAACGGAGUCAGCAGCCUCAGCAGCCAUUCGGACGGCGGGGGAGGGAGAGAAGGCGGGUCCAACGGGGACACCAAUGGGGAGAUCAGCCCAGUGGACCUACUGCACCUCCAGCAGCAGCAGGCCCUGCAGGCAGCCAGACAGUUCCUCCUCCAACAGGCAUCUGGACUCAACUCCCCCAGCAGCAACGAGGUGAAACAGAGCCCGGUGCAGGUGCCAGUGUCCAUGACUAUGUUGGCCCCCCAGAUGAUCAGUCCUCAACAGAUGCAGCAGAUCCUGUCCCCUGCUCAGCUACAGGCCCUGCUGCAACAACAACAGGCCAUCAUGCUACAGCAGCUACAGGAGUACUAUAAGAAGCAGCAGGAGCAGCUGCAUCUUCAGCUUCUGACUCAACAGCAGCAGCAGCAGGCUGGGAAGCAGGCGGCCAAAGAGCAGCAGAUAGGUAACAAGCAGUUGGCCUUCCAGCAGCAGCUCAUUCAGAUGCAGCAACUUCAACAGCAGCACAUCCUCAACCUGCAGAGACAAGGCCUGGUCUCCCUACAGCCCAGUAACCCCAUGCAGAGCCUGCAGCAAGCCAUGUGUCCUGGGGACCUGCAGCAGCUGUGGAAGGAGGUGUCGGGGGUGCAGUCUGCAGAGGAGGCCCUGAAGCAGCAGCAGACUGGAGAGGGUCUGGACCUCAGCACCAACUCUACCUCAACCUCCUUCCCCAAAGCAAACACACGCAGCAGCCUGCACAACGGACAUGACAACCACACCCCAAAGAGAGACAGAUACAGAGACAGAGCAAGACUCUUUGAAUGGAUCUCCUCCUUCAGCAAGGCAGACCUCGGAGAUGAACACCUCAUGCCUUACACCAAAGGCGGCCCGCUAUCCAGCAGCCACCACGAGGAGCAUGCAGGUUCCCAUCCUCUCUAUGGCCAUGGAGAGUGUAAAUGGCCUGGCUGUGAGGCUCUGUGUGAUGACAUGGGACAGUUCAUCAAGCAUCUGAACAACGAGCAUGCUCUGGAUGACCGCAGCACGGCCCAGUGCAGGGUGCAGAUGCAGGUGGUCCAACAGCUGGAGAUACAGCUGUCCAAGGAGAGUGAACGACUGCAGGCGAUGAUGACCCACCUACACAUGCGCCCUUCGGAGCCAAAGCCUUUCAAUCAACCUCUGAACCUGGCGUCCAGUGGCUCCCUGCUGAAGAGGGAGAGCGAUGCGUACCCCGAGGGUCUUCCUCACCCCCCCACCUCCGCUGCCGCCCCUAUUACCCCGGUCCGCCAGGGCCCCUCUGUCAUCAGCUCCUCCAGCCUGCACUCACACUCACACUCACACUCACACUCACACCCGCACGGCGUGGGACCCAUACGCAGGCGCAUCGCUGACAAGUUCUGCACCCCCAUCGCCUCAGGUAUACGAGAGGAGCUGGCGCAGAACUGUGAGUUCUAUAAGAACGCUGACGUCAGACCUCCCUUCACCUACGCCUCUCUCAUACGCCAUGCCAUUCUGGAGGCUCCAGACAUGCAGCUGACUCUUAAUGAGAUCUAUAACUGGUUUACACGAAUGUUCGCCUACUUCAGGAGAAACACAGCCACAUGGAAGAAUGCUGUGCGCCACAACCUGAGUCUGCAUAAGUGUUUUGUGAGGGUGGAGAACGUGAAGGGGGCCGUGUGGACGGUGGACGAAGUGGAAUACCAAAAGAGAAGACCACCAAAGAUGACUGGGAGUCCUACUCUGGUGAAGAAUAUGAUUUCAGGCCUGGGCUUCGGUUCCCUAAACGCCAGCUACCAGGCGGCCCUUGCAGAGAGCAGUCUGACUCUGUUGAACAGCCAGGGCCUGGUUAACCCCUCCUCUGCCGCCAGCCUCAGCAUGCUACACGGGAUGGGUCACAAUGACGUCAGCUCCACUGUGGAACAGGUCAACAGCAACGGUAGCUGCAGCCCUACACUCAGCCCACAGCAGUAUGGACACCAGGUCCAUGUGAAGGAGGAGCCCACUGAGGUUGAGGAGGACAGACGCUCAGUGUCGCUCAUGGCAACUAUCACUCAUGGCAGCAUGGCAUUGCCUAGCGAUCGGGAUGACCGAGAUUUGGAGGAUGAGCUUCCAACCGACGAGCUGGAGUAGGAUUGGAAGAGCUGAACCAGUGGGCGGGACUUUGAGGUUUAAUCCCGCUCCCUCCAUUGGAGGGAAGAGAAAUUAUGACACAUAAAAAAGAAGAUAUAGAGAGUUUAAAAAAAGUAUGAUUUCUUUUAAAGCAAGAAAUCAACAACAAUGAGAAACUUCAAACAGGGUUAGACCUCCAUUAUGUAUCGAUGCAAAAAUAACACUCUGGAGCAUUGCUUUAUCCCCACACCUUUUCACCCACCUCACCACCCCCCCCUCCUCCCCCACCCUAUGAGCAGCGUAUUGCCAGAGAGACAGCUCUCAGUGGUGAUAUGGAGGUUCCCCCUUCUCCUCUGUCCUCCUCUCCCUGCUGAUAGUGACAGAUGGUCUGCCGCCCUACAGUCCUUUAGUGCUGGUAGUUUGAUGUUCACACCACUUAAAUAUACAUACAGGUGUGUGUGAGGGAGAGUGUAGACACACACACACACACCAGAUCAUGUAUAUAUAUUUUGGAACAGUCACCAGGAUGUGUAUACUUCUCCUACGAUCCUGUCAGUCGCUUUUUAUUUUCUUCUGUUAACUGAGAGAGAAGGAAAGACAGUUGUAGUUUUCUCAAAGAUUACCCCACAUCUGCUCACACAUCAGAAACCAAGCGUACAAGCCAGUCAGUGAUCCAUAGGUGAGACUGAGACUGGAUGGCAGGACUCUGCCCUAAGCCCACUCUCUACCCAUUCUCUGCCCAAGCCAGACAAGACUCUCUCCUCCUUAAGCCAAACACAGAAAGAAGAAAUCCCCACAAAACAGAUUUCAGCAAGAGGGCCCUUUGUUGCAUUACUCCUUCUUCAUGCGUGAUAGAGUGACGGGCCCAGGCCACCGAGAGAGAGAGAGAGAGAGAGGUAGGAGA